UAAUGAAAAUGAAUAAAAAGCAUGGAAAAUGUAUCUACAAUGGUUGAUAGCAUACUGAAUGCACUGUGGUGGCCAUGGAGCCGUAAUUCUGAUCAACCAUCCUCGUCGUCGUCAUCAUCGAUAUCGUUGUCAUCGUCACCUGCAGCAACUAAAACCAUAGCUUCCACAAUUCCAUCUAGUUUAAAUGAUGAUUUGCAAUUUUCGUCCUCCCCAUCUUCCGUUUCGUCCACCUCAUCACCCGCGUCGUACUACAUCCCGUUCGGAUCCUUGUUUAAUCCUGUUGUUGCCAAUGAUACAAGUGUCAUCGGAACAGCUGCCUCAAAUAUUUCAGAAUUGUUCACAACGGGCAACAAUUCAUCGUUGUUUGCCUACUCGAAUUUUUCGACGUUUCGACCCUUUCUAGAUUUUAAUGCCGCCAACGAGAGUGGCAGCGGUGAUGUAACCAGUGAUAAUUUAGAUUAUUAUUACAACUUUGGCGAAAAUAUCACAAGUAUCAAUCAUUCGUAUAUUUUUGCUUCGCCACGCACUAACAAUUCGCACGACAAAAUACUACUGGAUGGCCCUGCAGGCGAAUCAACAUUUCACUUAAUACAAAUUGUCGUGACAGCCAUUAUUUUGGGGAUUGUCAUACUAGCAACAGUUAUAGGAAAUGUGUUCGUAAUAGCUGCAAUACUGCUGGAACGUAAUUUGCAGAGUGUCUCAAAUCACUUGAUAUUGUCGUUGGCUGUGGCCGAUUUGCUGGUGGCCUGUUUGGUGAUGCCUUUGGGUGCUGUCUACGAGGUCUCACGUGAAUGGUCCUUGGGACCCGAGCUGUGCGACAUGUGGACAUCGAGUGACGUUCUUUGUUGCACCGCUUCCAUUCUACAUCUGGUAGCAAUUGCGUUAGACAGAUACUGGGCUGUGACAGAUAUCGAUUAUGCACAUCAGCGAACAUCUCGCAGAAUUGGCGUGAUGAUAUUGAUUGUGUGGGCCCUCUCAUUCCUCGUAUCGAUUGCACCGUUGCUGGGCUGGAAGGAUCCCGGUUGGAUUGACAGACUGAACCAAAAUGAAUGCAUCGUUAGUCAGGAUGUUGGCUAUCAAAUUUUCGCAACAACAUCCAGCUUCUACUUUCCGCUGCUGGUAAUUCUCUUUCUGUACUGGCGGAUAUUUUUGACGGCACGAAAACGGAUACGGAGACGUCAACAGGUUACGACUGCAGCGACCCCAACGCCAUCCGGUGGCAGCGGCAUGAACUCCAACAGUGGCUCGAUGGUGGCGGGCGGUGGUGCCAUUGCCGCCGCCGUGGUAGCCGUCAUCGGACGUCCCCUGCCGACAAUCAGCGAGACAACUACGCAAUUUACAACGGUUUCAUCAACACACACGAGUCCCGAGAAGAGUUGCGGCAAUGGCGUGGACAAAAUUGAAGCAGAUCUACCGACGGCCGACAUCUCCAUGGUUUAUGCACAACAAUCAGCUUCGCAGAAGCCCUCAAUUAUUUUGCGCAAUAAGAAGCCUCACUCGAACAAGGCGCAGACUGAAUCUAAACGUGAACGCAAAGCGGCAAAAACAUUGGCAAUCAUUACAGGUGCAUUCGUUUGUUGUUGGCUACCCUUUUUUAUCUUAGCAAUCUUGUUACCCACGUGCAAAUCAUGCAACAUUAGUCCAUUUAUGAUGAGCAUUUGCUUGUGGCUAGGAUACUUUAAUUCAACAUUGAAUCCCAUCAUUUACACGAUUUUUAGUCCGGAAUUUAGACAUGCGUUCAAGCGAAUUCUGUGCGGCAGACGUCGUUCGAGUCACAGAAGACGACAAUUAGGACUUCGU